AUGUUCCUUCCAACACCAAUACACAGAACACUGCUUCUCCUCACAACACUACUCACGUUGACCAUGAAAGCACACGCCUCCCUCCCAAUCCGCAUCCUAACCCACAACAUCCGCUAUGCGACCGACUCACCAUUCAAAGGCGAGAAGCCCUGGGCAGACAGGAAAGACCUCGUCAUCAACGAGCUCAAAUACAACACUCUCUACAACCCAGAAGCAUUCAUCUGCUUGCAAGAAGUGCUGCACGAGCAAUUACUCGACAUCCUCUCCGGCCUCAACAACACCAAGUCCACGGCAGCGUCAUCAUCAGGACAAGACGAAUGGGCAUACAUGGGCGUCGGCCGCGACGACGGCAAACAGAAAGGCGAAUACAGUCCCAUCCUCUACCGUCCCUCGAUCUGGAGCGUCGAGAAGUGGAAGACCGUCUGGCUCUCCCCCGCGCCCGAGAGACCCGGGAAAGGAUGGGAUGCUGGAAGCGUGCGGAUCGUCACCGUCGGCACAUUCGUGCACGAGAGCAGUAAGAAGAGGGUUGUGGGGCUGUGUACGCAUUUCGACAACGCCGGUGAGGUGUCGAGACGCGAGAGUGCGAAGAUGAUUGAGGGUAUUGUGGACAACGCUAUAUCCCCAUCAAUCUCAAACGGACAAGAGAGAGUACCGGUGUGGUUGGCUGGCGAUCUGAACAGCGAACCUGAUGGCGAGGCGUAUCAGAUUCUCAAUGGGAAGGGUUCGCUGUUGCAGGAUUCGAGGGCGCUGGCGCAAUGGAGAUAUGGGAAUGAGCGGACUUACUACACGCUCGCGAACCCGGAUACCUUAACCAAGUACAAGGUCGCCGCCGACAUCUCCCAGAAGGUCCUCAAGGAAGUCUCCGGAUGGAUCUCUGAGGGCGCCAGCAUCGUCGAGCUCUGCGAGCGCGGCGACAAGCUCCUCGAUGAGGAGAUCGGCAAGGUCUACAGGGGAAAGAAGAUUGCCAAGGGCAUUGGCCACUGCACCACCAUCUCUCCCAGCUCCUACGUCACACCCUACACUCCCCUCAAGUCCGAUGCUGAGGAGUCUGGCGCCACACUGAAGGCCGGCGAGAUCGUCAAGAUCCAGCUCGGUGCUCAGAUCGAUGGCUUCGCUGCCAUUGUUUGCGACAACGUCGUCGUUGGCGCAUCCGGCGAAAUCACUGGCGAGGCGGCGGACCUUUUGUUGGGUACAUACUACGCAAACGAGCUUCUCCUGAGGUUGAUGGUUCCUCCCGGUCUUGUCGCGCAUGGCGAUGAGGAGGAGCAGAAGAAGAACGCUGCCCGCAAGCCAUACACACAGAGCCAGAUGACCCAGAUGCUCGAGAAGGUCGCCAAGGCCUACGGCCUCAACGUUGUCGAGAGCACCACCAUCUGGCAAUUCGAGCACAACGAGAUCGAGUCCAAGAAGAAGAUCAUCCUCUCCCCCGGCGAGGGUGUCCGUGGUGAAGGUCUUCCUGAGGUUGGCGAGGUCUGGGGUGUUGAGGUUGGUCUUUCGCUCGGAAGCGGAAAGGUCAAGAACAACGGCCAGAGAACCACUCUUCACCGCCGCACAGCCAAUACUUUCGGUCUCAAGCGCCCUACCUCAAGACAGCUUCUGUCUGAGGUCGUUAAGAGGUUCGGCACUUUCCCCUUCUCUCUGCGCCAGAUCGAGGACGAGAAGGUCGCCAAGGUCGGUGUUGUAGAGUGCGUGCGUGGAGGCGUCCUCCGCCAGUACGAGGUUGUUGUCGACAAGGACAGCAAGCCCGUUGCUAGGCUGUUCUCCACCAUCGCUGUCACCAAGAACGGUAUCCAGCGUCUGGCUCAGCCCCCUGCUCUUGACCUUGAGAAGGUCAAGUCUGACAAGAAGAUCGAGGAUGAGGAGAUCCUCAAGAUCCUUGAGCAGCCCAUUGGCAAGGCCUCUACCAAGAAGAACAAGAAGAAGAAGAAGAAGCCCGCCAAGAAGGCUGCUGCCGGCGAGGCCGCUGCUGAGGAGGAGGAGAGCGAUGACGAAACUCACUCACCUGCAACCCCAACCACCCACCCACAACACGCCGGGCACGGGCUCCGGGGCGCUAUCUGCGCUUCUCUGAGUCUCGCCAUGCCGGCCCUGCGCAAAAGCGACCGUGGUCCCAGGUCCAGCACCACCCCGUACACCUCACCCACCGGCACGCCCAGCGAUUCAGCAAAAGAGAAGAACCAACGAUCAAUCAUGGAGUGGACAGAACCUUCGGUCCAAAAUCCAACGCCGUCGUUCGAAGAGCACGGCUUUGCUCGUCAUGGCGUCCUGGAGCAAAUGGCUCCCCUGGGACAGCCUCCUUCAGCGAGAGUAAAGCAGCGCACGCGCGCGAUGGGCGGUGACGCAGCUGCGCGAAAGUCUCUGGCGGGCAAGGGCAAUUUCCUAGGGGAAGAGGUUGGGUCAACGCCUGAGGUCACUCCAGCUCCUGAACUCGAGCCGGACGACUCAGAGAGGCAAGAGGAGGAUGAGCUGCCACUGGAGCUUCCGCCACAAGAGGAGGACGAAGAUGACGACUAUGUACCCAACAAGACAAAGAAGAAGGCGCCGGCGUCGAAAACACCUGUCAGGGGCAAACAAUCUGCGCAAGGGCAGACACCUGGUGAGGCGAAAACACCGGUCAAGGCUGGUACGCCUAGAGUCACAUCAGCCCCUACAAGCCCAGCAGUGCAAGCUGUAGAACAACCGCGAGACAGUGAAAUCACACAGCGCGCACAGAUUGCUUUGCUGGCGGCGGCAGAGUCAGCUCAAGCCAACCACAAGCCCCGGCUCGGUGAAGCGUUUAAGCAACUGAAGGCAUUGAGCAAGAGCGACCCUGGCCUCGCAUACGUGAUCAACGCAAUCUGCAAACAAAACCAGACCCCAGAGCAGUGGAGCACUUUCCGAGAGAAUAUCAAGGCACUGAAGAAAUCAGUGAAAUACGAGGCUAAGAAGAAACGGAAGCAGCAGCGCAACGGUGAUUUUGCCGCCGCGAAAUCCGAAACUCCAAAGAUCAGCCAGCAGCCUUCUCCUAGACCUAGUAGCGAGGUGGCCCCUGACGACUCGGUCUCCUUUGUUCACGAUAACGAAGCUGCGAUGGAAAACGCAUACCCAGCCGCGGAUGCGACAGCUGGGGCGCUGCCUUCACCUCAUCCGCUUAGCACAGCCCCCACUCUCCCAGCGAUCGAGCCUUCGAUCGAAACUGCACCACGAAUGCCUUCAAAAUCACCUCGCAAGAAGCACGUCUCGAACAGCUAUCUGGCACCUGGGAGUGAGAUGGAUGUUGAUGGCGGGGCAUCCUCGGUGGCCCAAACUCCGGCAGGGAACACGCCUGAUGCAGGUGAUGGAAGCGAUUCUGAGCUAUCAGAAGUUAACGAAGAGAUUGUGCAGAAGGGUCCGCCCACACCUGCACAGCCGAAAGAGAAGUCAUCGACUCCAUUGUCUGCAGCGGCUGUGAAGAAGGGCAAAAACACUGCUGUUGCUCGCGCUGGGAAGAAGCACGCAAACAAGGGCAAGUUGUUUGGCAAGCAUGUACACAAGAAUCAACCAGCAAGUACCGAACAGCUCGAAGACCUCGAGAAAAUCUAUCAACUGCGGAAAGAGAUGGCAGACGCUCAGCCCUUGCGCCAGUUCGACCUCCCGUUCCCUCAGUCUGAUGUCCGCUUCGAUGACGAGAUCUUGGAGACUGAGUCUUUGACCGAAUCCAUGAUUGCGGUUGGGCCACCAGUGGAUUCUGAUCAGCCGCGGCGUGCUGGACGGAUGCCACACGGUGCAAAGCGUUUGCGCGAGGAUAUGUCACGGUUUUCCUCACCUCAGCUGGAGUCAGCGGCUAUUUCACGACCCACAACACCUGCAGUUCAGCCAGCAAUCAAGAGGAUCAAGCUCAACAACGGCCAGGCUGCCAGAACAAAGCGAUCACCCGUUAAGAAUCGGGAUGGUGGACCUAUUGCUGGUGUAGCAUUUAACGGUGGUGGCGGUUCGAGACAGCUGGGGCCUGAUGACAACGAUCCAAACUCGCCGGCGUCAGAAAGUGAUGACCUCUGCUCUGCCUGCAGAGGUGCAGGCGAGUUUGUGUGCUGCGAAGGCUGCCCACGCGUUUUCCACCUUCUUUGCUGCGAUCCACCACGCGUGCAAGUACCAGAAGGGUCAUUUUACUGUUAUGAGUGCACCGCCAGGUUGAGCCAACCUGGGGAGCCCGCUGCCGAGUCUCACCCAAGUCUUGGGCCGCUGUUCGAGGUUCUUGAGAAGACAAAUCCGCGCGCAUUUGCCUUGCCACAGGAAAUUCAAAAUCACUUCGAGGACGUGUCUGCACGGGGCGAUGGAUCAUACUUUGAGGAGAUCAAGAAGUUCCCACUUGCAAAGAGCAGCGGCUACGGCUACCAGAGGCCUGACUACACCAAAGUACUCGAUGGUGACAAGCCCAUCUUGUGCGUGCAGUGCGGUGUGUCGAGUGGCAGCAAGCGCCAGAUGCUGAAGUGCGAUUUUUGUAACGCGUAUUGGCACCUGGACUGUGUCGAUCCACCCCUCGCUAACCCCCCACACAUCAGCCUUGAAGCAUCACAACGCGAUGCUUGGAGGUGCCCGCGUCACAUUGAGCACGACCUUCGCAGUGGGUUGCUGUUGCAAAAUGAUCUCAAUGGGGCGUAUGACGAUGUCGAGAUGGGUGAUGCCACCUUUAGCCGAGUCCCACGUAAGAUCCGAAGGCGCAAGAACCCUGAGAUCGUUGAACCGGCUUUCUCUCGUGGCAUGCGCAACAACGGCUUGAUCGACAUCAUCAAUGAUCCUGAUGAUGAUACUGAUGGCGAAGGCAACUACACUGGCUUCGAAGUCAAGGACCUCAACUCGAAGGUCUACCGCGUGCCUGAGAGAGGAUUGAUCACUGACUUCCUCAGCAAGAUCAAGAGCCGCAGGAUCACGCGGGAUCACGAGGCGCAAAACAUCGCACACUUUGCUGUCCAGCGCAAGGCAUCGAUGCAAAACUUCGUGACUCAUUCAUUCCAACAACAGCAGGCAGCCCUUAACCUGGCACGUCUCGCAAAGAAAGAGCAGGACAUCGGCUUGGGCGAAGGCACCAUCGAUAGCCUUGUCCUCACCCUCACUGCCGAAGCUCCUCAGGAGGUCAUCACAGCCAUGACCAACUCUGCUCCUCCUCCCGUUGCUGCUGAUGAGCGCGCACAGCUGUUAAAGCUGCAAGAGCUCAUUCAGCGUCGCCUCAACGCUUCCUGA